AUGUUUGUCAACAAUGACAAAUCCAAAUCAAAACCUUCCCUUACCUUCGUGACUUGCACAUUCUUUGUGAUGGUUCUGUAUGGGUACGUCAAAGCUACCAAUUAUGGCUUUUCUACGACGCUUCAUCUCCCAUCCCAAACCGAUAUCAACAACUUCAUCUCCCAUCCCAAACCAAUAUCCACAGCUUCAUCUCCCAUCCCAAACCUAUAUCAACAGCUUCAUCUCCCAUCCCAAACCUAUAUUAACAGCUUCAUCUCCCAUCCCAAGCCGAUAUCAACAGCUUCAUCUCCCAUCCCAAACCGAUAUGCACAACUUCAUCUCCCAUCCCAGAUCGAUAUCAACAGCUUCACCUCCCAUCCCAAACCGAUAUCAAAAGCUUCAUCUCCCAUCCCAAACCGAUAUCAACGGCUUCAUCUCCCAUCCCAAACCAAUAUCCACAGCUCCAUCUCCCAUCCCAAACCAAUACCCACAGCUCCAUCUCCCAUCCCAAACCGAUACCCACAGUUCCAUCUCCCAUCCCAAACCGAUACCCACAGCUCCAUCUCCUAUCCCAAACCGAUACCCACAGCUCCAUCUCCCAUCCCAAACCGAUACCCACAGCUCCAUCUCCCAUCCCAAACCGAUAUUCACAGCUCCAUCUCCCAUCCCAAACCGAUACCCACAGCUCCAUCUCCCAUCCCAGACCGAUACCCACAGCUCCAUCUCCCAUCCCAAACCGAUACCCACAGCUCCACCUCUCAUCCCAAACCGGUAUCCACAGCUUCAUCUCCCAUCCCAAACCGAUAUUCACAGCUUCAUCUCCCAUCCCAAACAGAUAUCAACAGCUUCAUCUCCCAUCCCAAAGAAGGCAAUAAAACCAUUGUCAUUUGA